AUGGCUGGCUCCUCAAGUGAAAUUAGUGAAUCAUUAAAUGGAUGGAUGAAUAAUAACUCUUCUAUAAUAUCUUAUGUUUUAAUAAAUUCAGAUGGUAUCCCACUAAAAUAUAAUGAAGAAGUGAGUUAUGAGUAUGCUGUCAAACAAGCUUCAUUAUUUUCAGACUUAAUAACAAAAACAAAAAAGUGUGUUAAAGAAUUACUUCCUCAAGAAAACGAAUUUAAUAGUAAUUUAAGAAUUCGCACUAAAAAAGAAACAGAAUAUAUAUUAUGUAAUCAUGGAGAUUAUUCAUUAAUUACUCAGCAAAAUUGUAAAGAUACAACUCAAUAA